AUGAAAAAAGCUGGUCUUUUUUCUGUGAUUAUUGAUACAACAACUGAUGUAUCUAAUCAAGAACAGUUUUMAUUUGUUGUUCGGUUUGUUAAUGAAAAUGGUAAAAUUGAAGAACGGUUAUUGGCGUUAGAAAKAGCAAAUGAUGGUACUGGGCAUGGGCUAUUUGACCUGUUUUGUAGAAUAACAAGUAAAUACUUUAUUGAUUGGAAAAAAAAUCUCUGUGCUCAGGCAUAUGAUGGUGCUGYGGCAAUGCAAGGGAUUUACUCUGGUCUGAGAACGCUUAUACAACAACAAAAUCCUAAAGCCAUUUAUGUAUGGUGUUUUGCACAUCUUCUCAAUUUAGUUGUAGUCGAUACAUGUGACUCGUGUGUUGAUACCAAAAAUUUUUUGGGAGAUGUACAAGCAUUAGUAUUUUUUAUUAAAGCACGCAAAAGAACUUCUGUAUUUGUUGAGUGUCACAAAAAAAGAAACAUUGACUUUAUUGAGGCAUUAAAUUUGGUUAAUAUUAUAAAAGAAAACCUAAAGAARUUGCGAUCUGAUGAUUCGUUUGAUGAUUUUUUAAAAACUACCAAAGAAUAUGGAAAAGUAAAUAAAGUUGUCAACUGUGAUUUUAAAGAAGUAARAAAAAGGACAAAAAAGAAAAUGGCAGGUGAAAAUGCAGUAGAUGAAAUUCAAGAUCCAGUUUGCCAUAAUUACAAAAUUAAUACUUAUUAUUCUGCUUUGGAUCAAAUUAUCACAUCAAUAAAUGAAAGAUUUAGUCAAGCAAAAGAAAUUAUGAAAGAUCUAGCUUUAUUAAACCCUGAUCGCUUGUUAUGUAAGUYUCAAAAACUUCCAUUAGACAGUUUUGAACAUAUAGCUCCAUGGAUUAGUGUAGAUGAAAGUCAAUUAAGAACUGAGUAUAUGCAACUGAAAAAUAAUAUAAGUCAACUACUGAAUGGAAUGAAAUUAUCUUCAGAACUACAUGCAUCUAAUUUAAAUAUGGAUGUUGAAAAUGAAAUAUCAAGUUCAACUGAGGAGGAGAUUUCUGAUAAUGAAACAAGUGAAAAAGAUAAUGUCUCAGCUAAAAUAUCAGUUACCACAAUCAUUGAACUUUUGUUUAGCUAUGAUUUAGUUUCAGCAAUCCCGAAUAUAUAA